AUGUCAGUCACUCAUAUUGUCCUUUUCCAGUUCAAAAAGGAGGUCUCACACGAGGCUGUGCGUAACCUUUCCACCCGCAUGCUAGGCCUAAAAGACAAAUGUCUUCAUCCGCUUUCCCAGAAGCCUUAUAUCCUCUCUUCAUCUGGCGGGGUUGAUAUGUCAAUCGAAGGCAUCCAGAAUGGUAUGACACACGCCUUUGUGGUCAAUUUUGCAAGCAAAGAAGACCGAGACUAUUAUGUCCAGAAGGAUCCGAUUCAUCAGGACUUUGUGAAGAGUGCUGGUGAAGUCGUUGAAAAGGCACAAGUCGUUGACUUUGUCAAUGGAGAAUUGUAA